UGUGUGGGAUUAGCCCGCGCAUAUGGUCACUGAAAUAAUUUUGCUUUCAGUCCUUUCUGCUGGAGCCUUCCUUCUCCUCACCUCCGUCCAACACUUCUACGUUUUGGUCUCCCAGGUCCUCAUGCUUUUUCCAACAAGACAGCUAGACUAUAGACUGCGUUUACCUUGCAUCCGCCUCGGCCUACCUUUAUAAUUUGCUAGUCGCCCCUUCCGUCCAAGAUGAUUCUCAUCACCACCGCCCUCCUUGCCACCCUUGUCGGCUCCACCGCCGUCCCAGCCGGGAACAUAACCAGCUUGGCAACGCUCGACGCCAACUCCAACAUCACGACGGCCGCAAUCUCUACCAACGGAUCACCCAGCAUCGUCUCCUGUGACAAAUAUAUAGCCAAGGAGAAGGGCUACAAGUUCUUCAAAGAUUGCUCGUCAUUCACACGCAAAGUCCUCAACUCCACCGAGGAGAGCUUCGACUACCUGUUCGAGGCGGGCGCCUGUGACUGGUGGCUAGAAGGUUCAUGCCUGGCCAGAUUCUGUGCCCCCGACCUCGUACCGUGGCAGCUCGACACGUCGCAGGCCUACAGCGCCGUCAAGAGCAUACGGGACAGGUGCCUCUUCUGGGGCGUCUCGACCGACGAGUACAGGGAGGGCGUGGCCUUUUUCGACGUCUGCGCCGGCACCAACCGUCCUUGCCGCGCUGCCAAUGUCACGGUGACUUUUUAUGGCUAAAUGGAGCCAAUCUGGGCGGGCGUUGACACUUGGAGUAGCAAUAUGGGGUGUCUGGAGGUGCAAUAUAUCCGUGAUUGAAGUCCUGGAAUGCUCUGGGUAUAUUCAAGUCACAGUUAUGCUUUAUGAGAGCCCUAGUCACAUAGACCUGUAUGUAAAGGUAUAAUUGUUGCGUAAGUCCUUACAUGUAUAGGAGACACGGGGUUCAAGGUUGGCCGAUAUGAUUUGUUUAAUUACUACGAGAACCAAAGCCGCACUUUGUCUCUGAUACAACAUACCACAAUCAGUUGAGAGUGCCCCAAAUAGUCUGCUUUACUUGUG